AUCUAGUUACAUCUUUUGGGUACAGGUGGCGCUGGUGUUUCGUUGUGCUUUUUCGCUGCUGUGUUUACUCUGUCAAUUGUCAUUUUUGGCAUCCAACAUUUGCCUGAAUAAUUUAUUAAUAUCUAUAAUUACUACGAUAUAUUGGAUUCGACCAAGGUCAGUCUAGUCGGAUACGGAAAUUUUAAAAGCGAUGACCUCAUACUAACGAGUAAAAAGGGUAAAAGUUUUUGACAAAAAAUGUCGGAAUCAUUCACCAUCCAAGUGGCCGAUUCUCUUCGGAGAUUCGAGCCGAAUUCUCCAAGAUCUUCUCCAAGAGGAAAUCGAAGCCCAGUUGUUCCCAGGCAGCAAGAUUCCACUGGAACACUGAAAACCACCAUAUCACUUGGAAAGACCCCAACAAUUGUUCAUACCGGACCAUUUUAUCUUCACAAGGAACUGCCAGGUAAAUCUAUCGCAGGAGAUACUGACCUAACCGGAGCAACAAAUUUAAUGGCUCACUACAAUUUGGAACAUUCAUACAACAAAUUCAGUGGCAAAAAAUUCAAAGAUUCACUAUCGUCAUUCUUACCUGGAUUACCUGGCAUGAUUGAUACUCCUGGUAACACAGACAAUUCAUCCUUAAGAUCCAUCAUUGAAAAACCUCCUAUCGGUGGCAAAGAGUUGGUAUUCUUGAAUUCCUCUCAACUUGCGGGAUUCCGUCUUCAUCCAGGACCAUUGCCUGAGCAGUAUCAAACCUCUUCCCUGGCCCCACUGAAGAAAAAACAGAAACACAAGAAACACAAAAAGAGUAGCGAGAUCUCAAUUCAAGAAACUGGAGCUGGAAUCGCUGGACCGGGCAUUGGAGUGGUGGGAGAGGGAGGAGCCGGUUCGGGCGGUGAAUCCUACGAAAAGAAGCAUAAGAAACAAAAGCGACACGAAGAUGAGAAAGAUCGCAAGAAGAAGAAGAAGGAAAAGAAGAAAAAGAAACAGAAGCAUAGUCCAGAGCACCCAGGAGCGUCAGCCUCAAUCGGUACUACAAAUUCAAACAGUAACCCACCUGGAAUGAUGCCCUUACUUUGAGAAACCUUCUUGUCACGUCGAUUUAUUUCGAAUUUUUUCUGCUUCUUUCGAGAGUAUAAAUAAAAUUCCAUUCAAUGAGUGAA